AUGCUCCCACCUGAAGUGUGCGGCUGCUGGUUCUGCUGCACGUUACUCUGUGCCUCCAGCUUAGUGCUCACCGAGUUCCACAUGUCGAACAUAUUCAACAUAAUGGGCCCACCGGACCGACACAAUCACAAUUUAUCCAUUACACAAGGAACCGCUCAUCCAUUUUGUUCGUUUGAUGCUUGCGAUUCCGACGUCGUUACGGAGUUAAGAGGCGUCACAAAUGUAGCACAUUAUCGAUUUUCGCUGGAUUUUUUUGGUGUUGGAUUUUCCAGAGGCGUUCUCACAUGCACUGAGUGCAGCCGCGAUGCAUUUCAGCACGAGUGGGGGCCGGGGGGUUGGGGCGGCGUCGCAGCGCGCCUGCGCCGCAUCGAUCCUCGUGGUCGGUACAAACUAAACGGCACUUUUCUUUCUCGCUGUGUAUGGACUUGGUGCAGUAUACGUAUAGCUAUGAACACGGCUCUAUUAUGUCAUUCACUUUGA